AGCGCAGCACGCCAAAGAAACCGAAGGCACCCGAAGCCGCUAUGGCGUCUGGCCAGCGCGCGUUUGUUCAGAAACUGAGCAAACAAGCGAACGCGGAUGUCAGACGCCAGAUUGCGAGUACUGCAGCGGAGAGAGAUUUCGCUCAUGGAUUUGGCGGAACACAAGGCAGUGUUCCUCUCACUGAUGUUGUUGAGCCGCUAGACUUUGAGGAGUUCCUUCAACAGCAUCAGGAUUUGUCUGAUCGUGAUGCCAUCAGUGACUUGCUAGACUUUCCCCCUGAUGAUGUAGAAGUUGGUAUCCUGCCGAGAAAAUGUCGAACCAUAGAGCCCAUUGUGCCAGAGGAGAACCCGGAAGACCUGGACUUCCACAUGAGGCAAUGCCUGCACACCUACACCUCGGACUGGGUAGUGGUGAGUCGGUGCUACCAGGGCCACAGCUCCAGCGUCAUCGUCAGGGAGGCUGCACUGGAGAGGGCAGCCGUUGUGCGCACCACACAGAAGCAGGAGUUUGAGGUGGACGUUUGUGACGAGUUAUCUCGCCAUUCACAGCAGCCGCCCCUUUCUCAGGGAGAAGACGUUCCGCCCUCACCAGCGGACAGCAUUUCCUCUGUGGAGUUCCGGUGUGCCAGUGCAGCUGAGACUCCGCGUGGGAGUUGGGCCAGCAGCGUCUUCGACCUGCGCAAUUCGGCGGCCGAUCCACUGGUGCCAUCCCUGCUUGAGCGCACGCCUCCUGAGGAAUUGGAUCACCGGAAUGCAGCUCAGCGUCUCGAAAGGCGUCACGAUGCCCUGUUUGAGCUGUACCCUCUCCAGGAUGAGGAGGAAAUCAUUGAAAGGCGGAUGCCCGCUGAGCCACCACGUGAACACAUGGCUCACCGAAUUCUGGUUCGAUGCCUGGCUCUCAAACUUGAGCUGGAGGUUGAGCCAAUCUUUGGAAGCAUGGCCAUUUAUGAUGCCAAAGAGAAAAAGAAGGUUUCGGAGAACUUUUACUUCGACAUGAACUCUGAACCUAUGAAGAGGAUGCUCUCUGACCACAUUCCUUACCAUGACAUCUCGACGCUUUGUCGAUCUUGCAUCUUCAACAUCACAUACCCAUCACCUGACCUCUUUCUAGUCAUCAAACUUGAGAAAGUUCUACAGGGAGACAUCAAUGAAUGUGCAGAGCCUUACAUGAAGGACGAAAAGAACAAGGACAAGGUUCGUGCCAAUGCUCUGGCAACAUGCAAGCGCCUGGGCAAGUACCGCAUGCCCUUUGCGUGGACAGCAGUCUACCUGCUCAAUGUGCUGACAGGGGUCAACAGCCUCGACAAGGACAGUGGCAGCGAUCGAGAUAGCAUUGGCUCAAAUAACACCCUAGCAAACCUUGGAAUCGUUGUCGGUCGACGUGGCUCUCUGGAACGACGGGCUGGAUCCGAGAAGCGUCGCAGCUGGUCUCCAGAUGACUUUGCUAACAGCCUUGACACUUUUCGCCCAGUUACCCUCACUGUGUCAAGCUUCUUCAAGCAGGAAAGUGACAGACUGAGAGAUGAAGAUCUGUACAAGUUCCUCGUGGACCUCAAGCGGUCAGGCUCAAUGCUGAAAAGACUCAAGAGCAUUCCAGGCACACUGCGCCUGGACAUAUCCCCGUGUGCGGAGGAAGUACGGUACUGCCUAAGCCCCGAGUUGGCGCGUCUUCAUCCAUACCCGGAUGAGAAAGGCCGCCCAACGAAGGAGAUGCUCGAGUUUCCCUUGCGUGAUGUCCUCAGGCCAGAGUACAUCUACCGGAACCUCCUCUACAUCUACCCUCGCUCACUCAACUUUGCCGGCCGGCCAGGCUCAGCGCGCAACAUUGCUUGCCGUGUGCAGCUCCUCUGUGGAGAGGACGAGGUUACCUGCGCUCUUCCUGUGCUCUUUGGUAAAUCAAGCUGUCCUGAAUUUGUCACCGAAGUCUAUACCACGGUGACAUACCACAACAAGUCUCCUGACUUCCACGACGAGAUCAAGGUGAAAUUGCCGGCCAAGCUCACAGACAGACAUCACCUGUUCUUCACAUUCUACCACAUAAGCUGUCAACGCAAAGUGGAGCAGACCACGCCAACUGAAACUCCUAUUGGCUACACUUGGUUGCCGCUGUACCAUGACGGGCAGCUGCAAACGGGAGACCAGUUGCUGCCAGUGAUGCUGGAGCACCCUCCAGCAAGCUACUCCUUCCUUACACCUAGUGUCCAGAUUCCCAACACCAAGUGGGUCGAUGGCCACAAGGGGCUCUUUGACAUUUCCUUACAACCAGUCUCCACUGUCCAUCCUCAGGAUGAGCACCUAGACCGGUUCUUCCAGCUCUGCACUGCUGUUGAGUGCGGCCACGUGCCACAGCGUCUUCUCAAUGGCGAGACGGCAGAGACCAUGCUACGGGCUAGCCUUAUGGAGCUCGUAAAAUGCAAGCCGGGCCCGCUUGUCCGUUUCCUGCCAACCAUUCUGGAUGCACUCGUACGGCUUCUUGUGCAGCCGCCUCGGCUUGGGGGCCAGCCAUUCAACCUUGGGCAGGCUGCGUUCCAAGCACUGGCUGCUGUGGCUGAUUCAGUAGUGAAACUUUUGGAUGAUCGCAAUGACAUUCAUGGACGGAAUGCCCUGCUGGCCACCUACAUCCAGUACCAGUGCACCUUGCCCCAUCCCGAGCCAUACCUGCCGUCACCUUCCAAUGACGGACCUUCACCUCCAUUUCCUGGAUCUGCAUGCAGCCCAGCUGGGCAUCCAGCAUGUUCUGUGCCUCUGUCGAAAUCUCCCCAUGGUCGCAGCAGCAGCAACCCAGACCUUGCAAGCUCGAGUGCUUCGAGCCUGGCACACAUUGAGUCAGACUCGGACGUCAGCACAGUUGUGGCACGGCCCCUAGACCGCACUGCCAGCAUGCGGCCCGCCAACGGGACGGCCUCAUCACCCCUGAGGUCACCUCCACCACGGAAGUUGGUGCACGAGGAGCUCGUUCUUCAGUGGGUGGUAUCCAGCGGAACUGCACGAGAACUGGCGCUCAACAACACGUGGUUCCUGUUGGAGCUUGUGAUCAAGAGCAUGACUCAGCACCUUGCUGCCACGGGCCGACUUCAGGCACCACGCAGGGCGAGAUUUAGCAGUCGCUUUGUGGACGAUGUCACGACCUUGGUGACCUCACUGACAUCUGAUGUUAUUAGCCGCUGCCACCGAGAGGUGCGGGAUUUCCGGAACGUCCAGAACCUUAACAACAGCCUGGCCUUCUUCCUACAUGACCUGCUGUCUGUCAUGGACCGUGGAUAUGUCUUCAAGCUGAUCAAGGCCUUCUGCAAGCAAGUCUCAGCCAAGAUCCAGUCUCUGCCUGAUGCAAGCAGCCUGGCAUCAUUGAAGCUGGACUUCUUGCGUGUGCUGUGCAGUCACGAGCACUUUGUGACCCUCAACCUGCCCUUUGCAACCCCGCUGACCCCUUCACCGGCGACGUCUCCUUGCCCAAGCAUUGCAUCAUCCCAGGGCUCUGUGGUGUCCAGCUCUACUCUCACAGACCGAGGCAGCGCCUUCGCUGAGCUGUCACCCGAGUUUCGGCAGCAGCAUUUUCUUGUGGGCCUGGUUCUGGCUGACCUUGCAACUACCUUGCAAACCAGCAACUCACACCUACAGGCCAAGGCUGUCAACAUGGCUAGAAACCUGCUGACAGUGCAUGAUUGGGACCCACGUUUUACCGACCUGGACGUUGUCCGACCAAGGGUCGCUGCCCUUUACUUGCCUCUAAUUGCCGUGGUGGUGGAUGCUCUACCAUGUCUGUUUGAAUGGCAACCUGAAGCAAGAGUUCGUUUUGCAGAAAGUACAGAACCAAAUUCCAAGUGUCGUCCGCCGUCCAUUCAUCAAGCAGUUGCCAAUGCAAUUGCUGGUUCAUCUGUGCCUUGGCGGGAUAGCCCUGAACAUGGAAAUGCCUAUGCUCAGGGCCAGCAGAGCCAGCUGAAGGAAGAGGCCACCAGGCACCUGUUGGUCUGUUUCCUGUGGGUGCUCAAGAAUGCCGACCAGCGCACGCUGCGCCAGUGGUGGGCCGACUGGCCUCUUCACCGCCUGCAGCGCCUGCUCGACGUCCUCUACAUCUGCGUCUCCUGCUUUGAGUACAAGGGAAAGAAGACAAUGCGCAAGUUUGCCCAGCAGACACUGAGGAAGACAUCGGACAUCAAAUCCAAGCUAGAAGAUGCCAUCCUGGGCCACUCUAGUGCACGCAGUGAGAUGAUGAUGCGACGCCGUGGAAACAAUGCUGGUGUGGUUGGAGGAGAACGUAGUGGCACACCACAGACACCAGCACAGGGUGACCGGCUGAGGUGGCGCAAGGACCUAACACAGUGGCGUCACGGCUCAGAAAAUUACGACAGACCGAAGGUUGAAGUUGAAAUGGAGGCCCACAUUGAAGGGAACCUGUCCACUGAAGCGACAGCAACAAUCCUUGAUGUGCUUGAACUGAUCAUACAGGUGGUAUCUCAGUCGGAUGCACAACAAAGUGUGCUAGGCACCGUGCUGCGUGUCCUGUUGCAUGCCCUGGACUGCAACCAGAGCACUCUGGUGCUUCAGAACCUGUUUGCUACACAACGAUCACUUGUCUUCAAGUUUCCUGAGCUUCUGUUUGAGGAAGAGACGGAGCAGUGUGCCGACCUAUGCCUGCUUCUCCUGCGGCAUUGCAGCUCCUGCAUCAGCAGCGUGCGAUCCCAGGCCUCCGCCUCACUCUACCUCCUGAUGCGCCAGAACUUUGAGAUUGGAAAUAACUUUGCAAGAGUCAAGAUGCAAGUGACAAUGUCACUGAGCUCACUUGUUGGGACAAGCCAGACAUUCAACGAGGAAUUUCUGCGCAAGUCACUCAAGACUAUCCUAGUCUAUGCCGAAGAAGAUGUGGAACUCCAGGAGACUACAUUCCCAGAGCAGGUUCGGGACCUGGUGUUCAAUCUGCACAUGAUACUGUCGGACACGGUGAAGAUGAAGGAGUUUCAGGAAGACCCCGAGAUGCUGCUUGACCUUAUGUACCGCAUCGCGAAAGGCUACCAGAACUCGCCCGACCUCCGACUCACCUGGCUUGCAAACAUGGCACAGAAGCACACUGAGAGGGGUAACCACACUGAGGCAGCACACUGCCUCGUUCACUCAGCAGCUUUAGUAGCUGAGUACCUGCACAUGCUGGAGUACAAGCCGCACCUGCCCAUAGGAUGUGUUUCCUUCGAGAAUGUGUCUCAAAACAUCCUGGAAGAGAGUGCAGUGUCUGACGACGUGUUGUCCCCAGACGAAGAAGGCAUAUGCACUGGGAAAUACUUUACUGAGAAUGGGCUUGUCGGUCUGCUGGAGCAGGCAGCCAACUCGUUUUCCUUGGCUGGUAUGUACGAAGCAACAAACGAGGUGUACAAGAUCCUGAUACCCAUUGCUGAGGCGCAACGAGACUACAAGAAGCUUGCCAACAUUCAUAACAAGCUUCAUGAAGCUUUCACCAAAGUUGACCAGCAGGCUGGCAAGAGAGUCUUUGGCACAUAUUUUCGUGUGGGGUUCUACGGUCCACGGUUUGGAGACUUGGAUGGUGAGGAGUUCAUCUACAAGGAACCCACUCUGACCAAACUGCCCGAAAUUUCGCACAGACUAGAGAACUUUUACUCGGAACGGUUUGGCUCCGACUAUGUGGAGGUCAUCAAGGAUUCAAACAUGGUGGAUGUCUCAAGGCUUCAUCCAGAAAAAGCGUACAUUCAGAUAACCUAUGUGGAGCCCUAUUUUGACAUGUAUGAAUUGCGAGAGCGGGUGACACACUUUGACAAGAACUACAACAUCAGGCGCUUCGUCUAUGCCACACCUUUCACAACUGACGGUCGAGCCCACGGUGACCUCCAUGAGCAGUUCAAACGGAAAACUAUUGUAACCACAGCAAAUUCUUUUCCAUAUGUAAAAACGCGCAUCCAGGUCAUUGAGAGGACACAGAUUGUCCUUCGACCAAUUGAAGUGGCCAUUGAGGACAUCCAGAAGAAGACGGCCGAACUAUCGCGGGCGACGCGGCAGGAGCCAGCUGACCCCAAAAUCCUGCAGAUGGUGCUGCAGGGUUGCAUGGGCACUACCGUCAACCAGGGGCCUCUCGAGGUGGCUCUUGUCUUCCUCGCUGACUUGCUCGACCCUUCACGUGUCCCCACACCACCACAGCACAAACUAAGACUCUGCUUCCGUGACUUCAGCCGCAAGUGCUUUGAGGCAUUGCGUAAGAACAAGACCCUCAUUGGACCUGACCAGCGGGACUACCAGAAGGAAUUGGAGCGCAACUACAAUCGUUUCAGCGAACGGCUGCAACCCAUGAUACGGAACAACAGUGCCUCUCCAUUUUGGGCAAAAGGAAACUUACUGCGGCAACCAUUGCAAGAGCCCUGAUGUGCCGCAGGUGAUGUUGUAAACAAGUAACAUAUAACAGUGAUGUCGGCCUAGGUUUUAGUUUAGCCAUUGAGAGCAUUUUGCCAAAGCCAUUCAGGAACCAAUAGCGCAGCAUUUUUUAAAUAGCUCCAACCACAAUCCAUUUUCAAAGCAACUGAUUGUGUGAAAUUUGAGUGCUUCUCAUGUGCCUACUUUGUUGAGCAUGUAAGGAUGUGCAGUGAGGUGUGUGCCUUGUGAAAUGUUUCAUUUGUGCAUCUAUGCAGUUCAAGUUUCAUUACUACCAUUGUGCAGUAUUUCCUGUGAUCUCUUAAGUAACCAAACAAAGUCGUAUGGAAUACAUACGCUUUAAUUUCAGUGAACAUAAGUGCUCGCACAAUGGUUCUUUCAUUUGCAUAGAGGCGAUCAUGCUGAGCCGUACGGUUUCGUUUGUUUACAAGUUUGCUUUAAUGCUCAUUUUUAGUUUAUAGCAGUAAUUGUCCUUAAUUUUGCAUUUCACAUUCUUUAGCUUUGUUUGGGACCACUGGGUGUACUACUUAAAGAAAUCAAGUGAGCACAAGUUCCAAGCACUGCCAUAGCCAGUUUUGCAUUGCUUCAGAAAUACAAAUGCUGUUAAAACACAUCUGUAUUCUGCAUUGACUCCAGGUACUGUGCUUUGACUGUUCCAUCUCCUGGUGCUAAGAGCCGGUCAAAUGGCCAAGCCAUUCUCAAUAUAUUGUGUUAUACUGCCAUUCUUGACUCAAAGCAGUGGAAGCAUGCAUGAAUGGAUAGUCAAUGCAAUUUUACUGAGAAGCACACUGGAGAGCUCAGUAUUGUGUAACACGCUUUAACGUUCACGCAUUUAUUUCUGCUUGGGUUGAAGUUGUUUAACUUUAGCACUUAGGAGAAUAAUGUGUUCAUAUUUAACUGACUCAGGCUUUCAUUUUAUCUUCAGACGUAUUGUACACUUAUAGUUCUGUUUUGAAAGCGUUCAUUUCACUGUGUUAAUGGAUUUUAUUGCAGUGUAAUAAAGAAAGUAAAAGAAAAUAA